UUCCCUCGACACCGGCGGGAUUAAUAAUCCAUCGUUGCACGAAUACUUACGACACGGUCGUCGUCGCCGUUGCAUUGCCGUCUUUGAUCGCCCAUGGCGCGCUCCGGAGCUCCGCUGGUGCUUGUGCUGGCCCUCCUCCUCCUCGUCACCGCACCACAUGUGACCCUAGCCAUCACGUGCGGGCAGGUCACGUCCGCCCUGAGCUCAUGCAUCUCCUACGCCACCGGCAAGGGGCCGCUGUCCACCGCUUGCUGCAGCGGGGUGAAGAGCCUCAACAGCGCCGCGAAGACCACGGCGGACCGCAAGACCGCGUGCACCUGCAUCAAGUCCACCGUGUCCCGUCUCUCGGGGGCCCAAGCCGGUGCUAUUGCCGGCAUCCCGGGCAAAUGUGGCGUCAGCAUCGGCUACCCCAUCAGCGCCUCCACCGACUGCUCCAAGAUAAACUGAGAGACCAAAGGUUGGAAGCCAUCGGGCCUGUGUUUUUCUCGUUUAUGCGCGAGAGAAGAACAACAAGGAGCGGUGCUCCUCCAUCCCAUCCCAUCCCAUUCCAUCCCAACCAAUAAAGACCCUUUGUUUCUUCAGUGCCGUGUGCUGCUCCUCUCGAGUCGGACGUGUACUUAUGAAGCAAGCUAUUUAGGGUGUUGAACUCUGUGGUGCUUAAUAAUGGUGAAUUAUAUGAACAUCAAUACGUGUUCUUUUCUUUAGAUA